CGUGGUGGCUUUCGUUCCUGGCCAGGCUGGUGUGUUGCAUCGAUUCCCUGCCCCCUUGCAGAUCUGCGUUUCCCACCUGCAGUGCAGAAGGAUGCAUGCAACAAGGUCAGGAGACCCCUGCAAAGCGCGCUGGUUCUAGAAAGCCCAGCAGUUCUUGGCUUAUGACAUCACGGGAUUCUUGGAACGUUUGCACCAACUGCCUUUCGGGCCAGCAGCAGACGUUUUGAAUGCUACUUGGGGAAGCGCUGCACAACUCUUCAGCAUUGAGAAGAGGCAGCAGUUCCUCAACAUGCCUCAGGAUGGGAAGAGUCCGGGAAUGGCCUUUCCCAAGGUACCAAAGGAGGUGGAAGAAGAUGAUGCAGACUGGAGCAUGGGCGACCCCUUUGAGACCUUGGAGAAACUCCAAGGUCUCUCCGACGGUGAGAAGGGGGAGAAGGCCAUGCUGCGCUCACGGCUCCAUGAGCAGUCCCAGCUAAUCUGCAUCCUGAAGAAGCGAGCGGACGAGCAGCUCUUGCGCUGCAAGGCCCUGGAGGAGAUCAACAUGGACCUGGAGGAACAGAGGAUGACGGAUACUCUGCGGCUGGAGAACCAGACGCGGCGUGUGCAGCAGCUGGAAGAGCGCUUCAUGGAUCUGGCUGCCAACCACGAGGAUAUGAUCCACUUCAAGGACGAGCACAAGAGGCAGAACCUGCAGCUGAGGGAAGAGAACCACCGCUUGCGCUUGGAGAACCAGAACCUCUUCUGCUUGGCUUUGGAAGAGAAAGAGGCCGAGGUGGCUCAGCUCACUUCUGAGCUUAAGAAACUCUUGGAUGAAACGGAGUCCUUAAAGGAACGUUAUGAACAGGACAGCCGCCGCGCCCAAGAGCGAGAGAAGGAACUUUUGGAAGCCCACCAGCAGGAAGCCAAAUCUAAGGCCGAGGAAAUCAAGUCGCUGAGAAGCCGGCUGGGUAUCCUGGAGGAGAAACACAGUCACGUCACGGAGGAACUGCAGCAAGCGGAAAAGAAGCUAAGAGAGGUGGACUGCACCAUGCAAGCCAAGCUGGAGAAGCUGACCAAGGAGAAGGAGGAGCUGCUAAGCCUGGCGAUGGACAGAGGCAAAGUGCUGCAGGACAAGCAAAGGGAGAUUGUGGAGCUGGAGAAGAAGGUGGAAGAGAUGGAGAAAGCCAAGCAGGCGGCGGAGCUGCGCUUUGAGAUGGAGGCUGUAGCAGUGGACUGCAACCUCCGGGUGCGAGACCUGCGGAGGCGGCUGGAUGGCGCCCAGCAAGCCUACACUGAGCUCCGGAUGCAUUUUGAGGCGUACAAGAAGCACACCACAGAGUUGCUUACGAAAGAGAAAGAAUUAAAUACCAAACUCCGACAUUUCAUAGCGUAAGCCUUUGCUGUCAGCUUUGCUCCUAACAUACCUACAGCCUUUGAGAAAAUAAAACAAUCUUUUACCAGAUCAUUUCCCCCCCUAUUUUAGACACCAGUUUUAAUAUAAUUUUGUUUAGAGUAGGAAGGCAACUGUUCUUACGUUGC